GUCUGCCCUUCCGUCUUCCCCAUCCCGACUCUCUCUCUCUCUCCCACCACUCCUCCUCCUCCUCCACACCCUCUUUCCCGGAUCCCUAGCUCUCCAGUGGCCUCUGCUGGCCAGAGAGCUUCUCAUCCGCCCAUCAUGAGUCUCGCCCGCCCUGCCCGGUGCCUCUUCUGCACCUUCUCGCGUGCGGCCCCCGCCGGCCCUCGAGUGUCUAGUCGCCAGUUCCACCUCUCGUCGAUACAGCUCUCCGACCGGAUACCUAAGGUCCCCGAGGCCAAUGUCCCCAAGGUCAAUGCUCCUGAGGGAAAGACGCUGGAAGAGGUCUACCGCGACCUCAAGCUCGAGGACUUCAAGCCAUACACCGAGGAGGAGAAAGCUGCUCUCAAGGAAGAAUACACCCCCGAACAGAUUGCUGCCAUUGAGGCCGGUGAGGCAGCCAUUGACUCCAAGGACCUGUUCGAUCAGUUCCGUCUUCGUCGGGAUCCGAUGAGACUCAAGUACCUCGAUGAUUUGUCGGCCAUUGAACCCGGUGUGGACAGGCAUGUUCGCGCUCCCCAAACCAACUCCGACUACAACGCGCCUUUCAAAUCCGACGAGGACUUUAUGGAUGAUUUUGUUCAAUAUUUCACCGAGGCCCCCGAGGAUCUCGAGCCGGCCGAUUUCGUGCGGUUCUUGGAAACCAACCGGGUGACCCGCGGUAAAGAGGAGAACGAGCUCAACGGACACAGCGCACUGGCGCCCAACUACUUGAACGAGGGGGAAACCUUGGAAAAGAUGGGCAACGAAGUGGAAGAAAGACCCCGGUACAGAGACCAGGAAGGCGAGCUCACCUAUGUGAAUCCCAAUGAACCAACAGAGCAGGAGAAAAGACUGUUCCAGGUCACGGGUCUUGAUCGCCAUUACAUCAGAUCUCUGUACGUCAAGGACCUCGUGGUGCGCCGGGUUAGCAACCAGACGCGUCUGGGUAAGAUCCCUAGCAUGUCCGUCCUGUCCACCGCCGGCAACCAGGCGGGCCUGCUCGGAAUUGGUAUCGGCAAGUCCGAUGAAAUCGCCGAUGCCUGUCAACAGGCUCGCGCUCGCGCCAUCAAGAACAUGCGCCCCGUCCCCCGCUACGAGAACCGCACCAUUUUCGGCGAUGUCCAGGGCAAGGCCGGAGCCGUCGAACUGCAAUUGAUGCACCGUCCGCCAGGAUUCGGUCUCCGCUGCCAGCACCUGAUUUUCGAGUUGUGCCGUGCAGCCGGUAUCCAGGAUCUGGCUGCCCGGGUCAACCGUUCCAGAAACCCCAUGAACACCGUCAAAGCUGCCUAUGAUGCGCUCAUGAGCCAGCGGGAUCCUGAGGAGAUUGCCCGUGCCCGGGGCAAGAAGAUUGUUGAUGUGCGCGGCGUGUAUUACUCCGGAAGGAAGCUCCCCGUACCACUGCAUGUGGUCAACCGAAAGUGAAGUUUUCAAACAGCUUGCCUUGAUUGACACCACCUGAUAUUCCUGCAUGGGUGUACACACACUCCAUACCAGACAUGUUUUUGCGUCAUGGCGGUGUAUAUAAUGUCUCUUUUUCUUUUCUGUCCCUGUAUUCUCUCAGUCCUGUAUUCUACUAUCCGGUUUACUCCUCCUGGUUCCUCUCAUCCUAACUACAUCUCAAGCCAAUAUCACAACCACAAUCAAAUCACCAUAAAAACCAUAAA